UUGUAAAAUGAUCUACAUACAAGAUUUGAUUCAAGACCUUUUAAUUCCUUUUUUAUUUUUCAUCAUACCAAGUUAUUUCAUAAGAGCUAUAAUUAUUAUUGCAAACCUCCGUCUUUGUAACUUUGUAAAUAACACAUCUGACCGAAUGACUUUUGUCUAAUGGAAUCAGUACACUUUUAUUAUUUAACACACGUAUUCAUAUUAUUAAUGCAUGCCUACAGGCUCAAUUGAAAGUUCGCACAACUUGGACCUAGAACGUUAUUGCGUAUCCUCAAAGGUUCUCCACCACAAGCACACCUCUCCCAGAACAAUCGUCAGUCUUUGAUGAAUGAUGAUUGGCUCUUUUUUCUAGAAGGUAGGACCUCCUCUGGAGCGGCAAUAUUGGGCACUGCGUUUCCGCGUUUCCGUAGAAGAGCUGCUGUUUUUAAUGAUAUCAACAACAGUCGCAGACUAAGUUGCCAAACAUGGCGUCCAAACGUCAUUUUUUUGAGGAGGACUUUUCGUGUUCGAUUUGCUGCGGCGUAUUCAGCGAUCCUGUUGUACUUCCUUGUGGUCACAGCGGCUGCGGAGAGUGCGUCGAAAACUACUGGAAGGUCAAGGGGUCUAGAGAGUGUCCACUUUGCAGAAAGGUGUCCGCUAACGAACCUCCCCUCAACCUGGUUUUGAGAAACCUCUGCACGACGUUUUUGGAUUACAAGAGGUAUUUGGAGGAGCGGUGCGAAGUUCAUCAGAAGAAACUGAGCGUGCUUUGUUGUGAUGAUGGACAGCUCGUUUGCGAGCUUUGCAGAGACUCAGAAGAGCACAGAAACCACACGUGUCGUCCCAUUUGUGAGGUCGCGGAGGAAAAGAAGAUCAUUCUUCGGAAUGAACUCACUGGAUUGUCGACGAAAAAGGUGAUUAUACAAAGAGCCAAAUAUGACUGUGGCGAGACGGCUAUUUACAUAAAGCAUGACUCCAGAGUAAUAGAGAGUCGAAUCAGGAAGGGCUUUAAGAACCUUCACCAGCUUUUGGACGAUGAAGAAAAGGUCAUGAUUGAGGAACUGCAUAUAGAAAAAGAAGAGAAAUUGGAGAUCAUAAAAGACAAAGUUAAGAAGAUGAAUGAAGGUAUUGCUUCUCUCGCUGACGCUAUUAAAGACUUGGAACAGACACUGAAUAGUGAAGACAUCAGAUUAAUUAAGAGCUUCAAGGACACCUUAAAGAGACUCAAGUACACACCCCAGGAUCCAGAAGUGUCUCUAGGAGAGCUUAUAGAUCAUGCCAAGUAUAUAGGCAACCUCAAGUUCAAUGUUUUGAGCAAAAUCAGAAAAUCUGUUCCCUACAGUCCUGUGGUGCUGGACCCCAAGACAGUUAAUUGUCAACUCAAACUCUCUGAUGAUCUGACAGAUGUGUGGAACCCCAACGUGUUUCUGGAUGUCAGUGAAUACUGGACUAUUGUUCCACUUCCUACAAACUUGGAACGAUUUCAACAUUACCCCUGUGUGCUGGGCUCUGUGGGCUAUUCCACUGGGACACACAGUUGGGAUGUUGAUGUGAGUGACAACAGUUUCUGGAUGGUGGGCGUGACCACAGAAUCCGUGCAAAGAAAAGGAACCUUCGGGUUGCCUAGCGAUAUCUGGACCAUUGGAUUCGAAAGCGAAACUCUCAGUGUGAGGAGUCCGCAGGAUUUGCGCAUCCAUCUGAGUGGAUAUGAGAAACCCAAGCAGGUGCGGGUAAAACUGGACAUGAGUGAAGGACAGGUGACGUUCUCUGAUCCUGAGAGUGAAGUCGUCUAUUACACAUUCACGCAUAAUUUCAGAGAGAAAGUCUUUCCGUUUUUCUACACUGAGUGCCUUGUACCUCCUCUGAGAAUUCUGCCCGUGGUCAAACCUUUUAAUGAAGUUGUGUGAUCUCUCUCAUCAAGUGUUCUUUUAGAAAAUAAAUGCCAGUGUCAUCUUUAUUACUUUCUUGGAUUGUAGCAAGACCGAUCUAAAUUUGAAUAAAAUACCAUAGUGCCCUGUCAAUUUGGAUUUUUUUAGAAGUAAUUCAUGCAUGUUUGUUAAACCACAUGCAUAAUUGCCAUGUUCCUUUGUCCUCAAGAAAUGGCACAGAGCAUCUACAUUUUAACUUGUCGAGCCGACUCCACAUCGCAGUCCACAUCGCACCAGAUCAUUUUCCGUGUGAUCAUUUCUAAGUUAGAUCAUUUCUAGUAAACUGGCUGUUAGGUACACACAUCCUUACUAGAUUUUGUGUUUGUUGACUGAAAUAAGUGCCUUGUGUGUACGUUUCCUUGUUACAGAUGGCUCCUGAGAGGUGAGCUAUAUUAAGACUGGACACAUGAAUAUGUGGUCACUUUGUGCCUUACAACUAAUGUCUUACUGAUAAAUAAUGGUGCUCCUGAUUCUGCUUUGUUACUUUUCAUUUCAUUUUCCUCAGUAAAACUUUUUUUGUUUAUAU